UUAAAUCUCAUGUGAUUCUGAAUGGAGGAGUAGAAAGUACGAUGUGAAAUUACAUCCAGCUGAAAGUCAAAUACUCGGGUUUGGUGGAGCUGGAGGUAGCUGAGCCCCCAGCUCAUUUUUUUAAUUUGCUUGUCUUUUCCUAAUUAAGGAGGGCCUGCUGAGAGAGUCUCCGCCAAUCACAAUGGGGAACGAGAACAGCACCUCUGACAACCAGGGGGUGUCACCGAUACCUGCACCAAAUGCAGCACAGCCUGCUGGAAAUAGUUAUGAUACAAAGCAGAAACAGGGAAAGAAAACUGGAAACACUGGUAACAGCAGUAACUCCCCUGGUGUCUGGCCAACUACGGCUGUGCCCCAUGCUGAAGCUACACCGACAUUACUGAGCAGUGCCACCAGCAUCAAUCAUGGAGUCACCAGCGGCUACACAGUGGAGGGUGCAACCAACCCCAGUUCAUGUGCUGUGUCUUUGGAGGUGAUUGGACAGAGAAAUCUCCCACAGGAAGCCCCGAAGACAGUGGCAUCUGACUCCUCAUCCCACUCAACUGAAGGAACACAAGAGAGCAGCAUCUCUGUCUCCAUGCCUUUUGCAGAACAUAGCCAAGAUGUUAUCCAAACAAAUCAGGCCUUGGCCGGUGAAGAAGGACUCAUCCUGCAUGGUAACUUAGGGGAACCUGUGCCAGACACUCCAGAAGAAGCCCAAGCGGGACUUGCCCCCGCGGUAGACAGCAGUGCGGAGACUAGCCUGGUCACUACUGUUGUUUCUGCUGAUGAUGGAAAGAAUGCUCCAAGGGAAGGGAGCAGGGACUCUUCUUCUGAUCAUGUUACCGUGUUACAAGGGGAUCCAAGGAUACAUUCAAGGAUAUUGGAGCCAUUAAAACCGAUGGCACAGCUGUCUGGGAAGGGUGAUCCACAUGGCCGCUCCUCUCCCCCUGGGAGAGAAGCCGGAGAUUAUGUUACCACUCAAGAGGCCCAGCAGAAUCCAGAGCCCCCGCAAACAAAUCACGAGGCCCCAGCUGGAACCCAGAGAGGUGAAAAGAACACAGAUGGGGUAGCUGGUCUGCUGUUGAAACAGGAGACCCUGUUACUGAAUGACACUGCCCCAAGCACAUCAGAUGGAGAGGAAGGCAAAGUGCUUGUGAAACCUCAGAAUUUGGCUGAUGAUUCUGAAGUCCUCAAUGCCCACUGCCAAGAUUUUAAGGCUGUAGAAGUUGCCCAAGAAACUAAGGCAAAUGCCACUCCUUUGGAAUAUAAUCGGGAGACAAUAGCAACUAAUCUUCCCCUACCAAAUUUGCCCCAGAAUUCUGUUCCGGAUCCAGAGGCCAAAGGUCCUUUAAAGGAAUCUGUCACCAUAACUGAUGUUCAAAACCCCCUUCAGAGUGGGACACAAGAAACAUUAUCUGAUAAACUAGGCCCCAGUGCCGAAGGAGAUGAGCUUAAAUCUGUACUUUCCCAAAGAGAAGAAGUAUAUCUGAUUUCCAGUAAGGGUUCAGAGAAUACUUCAGAUCCAGCUGUUACUGUUUCUGAAAUGAGACACAAUUGUUUGGCCACAGAGAUUCCUGUUGUCUUGGCUACUGAGACUCUUCCAGACCCCACAAAAGGGUAUCCCAUGACAGAUAUAGGAAUGGUACCAGAGAAUUUAGAUUUAAGGGGUGAGAGCAAACAUCCUGAGAUGAGCCCUAAAGAAGAUUCUGUCCAUUUAUCUAAGGAUGAAAUAGAAGCUCCCAUGAAUGAAGGAAAAACAGAGAGAAUACAAGGAGCAGCCCCCAUUAUGCUUCCCAGUGGGUUGAAUAAAAGCAUGGGGGGAAAGCUGGAGAUGAAUGAUGAAGGCCAGGAACUUGUUGAUGCUGCGAAUCAAAAUGGCACUAAAGAAGAAAAUCAAAGCAAUGACUCUCAAGAAAAGGAAGUUGCUGCAGAGGAUACCACAUCCACAAAACCUGUGCAUUCAGAGGAGGAGAUCUCACUUGAUUCCAGUGGUAGAUCCAGUCAGGGAGUGAGUGAAGCAAACCCCACAAAUCUGGAGCCCAGAUUGCUUCACCCGUCAGACUCAGCACAGGUGCCCAAGGACAUGGGUCUCAUGGAACUGGAGCGGCCUGAGAGUCGGUCAGAAAACUCGGCCUUGUGCUCCCUGGCCUACGAGAUGACUGAUGGAAUCUAUGCUGUUGGUACACGUGGGCUCUCGCCUCUGCACUGUGGGAGCAGUAAUGUUCAACCUGUUGAGCAGGAUGGAGAUGAUGGACAGGCUACUUCUAGGGAAACUAUUCCAGAGGUUACAGGACUACAACCUGAGCUCCCAGAUACUCUUCAAAGUCCCGAAGGAGUGGAAAGAAUGGAAUUUGUUCCUGUUGCAGAACCUGGGAAAUCUGGUAUGUGUGUCCCUCCAGGAGGUGAUGCUAAUCCUGAAAUCUGGGAGGCUGAAAGUAAAGGACAGAGUAACCAAUCAAAUAAUAUGUCUUAUAGCAAGGAUGCUGAGGGCUUGCUGGUACCUACGGUUGGACCUUUAAGUACUCCUGCAAAUGAGGAAGUUGGACAGGAAUUCAACCCAGAUGUGAAGAACCAUCCUGAUAAUGAGACCUUGACUAAAGAAAGUGGAAUAGAGGCUCAGGGGCCAGUGCAGAGUCAGCAGGGAAGUGCAUCAUCUGCAGGUAACAGCAGCACGAGGAGCACUCAGUUAGGAAAUCCUGAACAAUCAGCAGACAUUUGUUCCCAGCAAUCUCACUCACGUUCAGAACUUUCUGUCUCAACCAACAUCAGUGAUGACACCUCUCCCUUUGAAAGUAGGAAAGAGAUUCCUGCAGACAGUCUUGAAGGGAUAAAGGCCAAGACUGAAGAUGUCUCAAAAACCUUACCACCCCCAGAACCCGGGGAAAACCUGAACUAUCCUCCUCUCUAUAGUGGACAGGAACCAAGUCCAAUAUCAGAGCUCCAAAAUAUGCAGUAUGAAGAAAGUCCAGGUAUCCAAAGUUCAGGUACACAUGAUUCUAAGGAAAAAACUUUGGACAGCCCUUCAACAGAGGAGUUGGAUUCAUCAGUACUAAGAAGAGAAAAGUUGCCUCUGGUGAUGGACCAAGAGAAACAAUGCAGCAGUGACUGGUCCUUCAGUAUUUCUUCUCCUGUUGUGGUCGAUUUAAAAGACUCUUCUCUUCAACGUAACUUAAAUGUCAAAACAGAAGAAAGUUGCUGUACUAGGCAGAUGCCUGACAAGCCCCAGCAAGAGAAGGAGGAUGCUUUGAUCUCAGAUAUUCAGCAUGAAGAAACAUGCCAAGAAAAUGGGUUUUCUAAGGCAGCGGACAUGCAUGCACAGCUCAGUAGCUUAGGUAAUACGGAAAACGCAAGUGCAAAUGAGGUAGGGGCUUCACCUUGUCAUCUAGGUACACAACCAUCUAUUAAUGCUGCUACUGACAUUCAGCCUGCUCCAUCAACUGGCGGACUCAACAAUAUACCUCCCGAUGCCUCAGAGGAGGUCCUUGGUGAAACUUCAAAUAGCAGUCAGCUUCUAGUGGGCUCACAGGAGAAAACUGAGCUUCUAGCUCCCUCAAACCAGGAGACUCUGUCACUCAGUAGCAAAAUUAGCCCUCAAGAGGACCAUGUCAAACAGAAUUUUGAAAGUAUAUCUGCCAAGAGAGGAAAGGAUGUUCACCAAGGAAUUCUGGCUACAUGUCUGGCAUCACACAAGCUCGGAAAAGCUGCUCCAAAUAACAGGGAUUUCCUUCAGACUGAAUGCAGUCCUAAGGUGGACGCUGAGCCAGCUCCCGAUAGUGGUGAGAAUGAAGCCACCUUUGUCUCAGGUAGUCCCUGCCAAACUGGGCAGAAGUCUGGCAGCUACAAGAAUGACUCAUGGCUCAAAAGUGAAAUGGGUGGAAUUGUCAGUAAUGUCUUGAGUGCUUCGGCAUGUCAGACUGUCUCAGACAGGGAGCAGCCAGAGCUGCCGACUGCUGGGAUAUCCAGUCAGAUAUUAAAGGUGGCUCCUGAGAGUCUUAACCUCAAUAUAAACAGUGCUGUGGAAAGAAAAUCAGAAGAUAGCAAGACAAAGACUGAUUCCACCAAAGAGCCAAGUGUUUCUGGUGAAAGUUCCUAUAUUGAAGGAGAGCCUAUGUUCACCUGCGGGGACUCUGCAAAUUUGUUUACCAAUUACCUCUCACCCACGUUGAAGUCUGCCCAGACAAGGGAGGAAAUAUUUGCAAUUAAAUCCAAAGAGAUCCAAAACGGGAGAAACUCCAAGUCCCAGCCAAGGAGUUCUGGGGAUAGUAUUCAGAAAAUGGCGGAUGUCCCAAGAGAGGAUGCAGAGAAAAGUAAGGAGGAGGCAGCAGAUACCUCCAAGGUACACAGGGACACAUCUGAGUGUGAGAACUCUGGUUUAGGACAAGCUGGCAUGAUGGCUGGAUUUCCUGAUUUCAAGGCACAUAUCAGCAAAAUAUUUGAGAAAUCUGUCCUUGGUGCUUUGACCACUGAUCGUCCACAGUUUACACUGCAAGAAAAUGACGGGUUUGCAUGGAGCCCCGUGGGAAAGGACUCUUUGGUGCAGCUGAGCACAGAGAAGCAUUCGUAUCAUGGUCAAGGAGGAGACUACAUCAAGAUUUCCACUACUCGUGUGGGACAAGGGGUAGGCACUAAAGGUAAGGAGCAGGACUUGACUUUGGAGGCUGUCUCCUGCCAAACAAACCCAGACAAGUUGACUUGUCAAGAAGGUAUAGCCAUAGAAAAGUCACCAGGCUUAACCGCUCCCACCACGAAACAGAACCUGCUAGAUACCAACUUGGAAAAGGAUGGAAUUGCAUCUGGUGUCUCACAAAAAGAAAAUAAAACAGAAAAUUCUGAAACAGCUGGUGAGAAAUAUGCAGGGAUUACAUUUGAGCCUCAAAAGCUUCAGGGAGGAAAGCAGGAAUUAGUUUCAGGUCUCCCUUUAGACAUUACUGUGCAGAAGACACCUUUGGAAAAUGCUACCCUUUUUAAGGGUGAGGAGUAUUAUGUUAUCUCCCAGGUCCACACGGAGAUGCCUUUAUCUCAAGAGGGUCUGACUCCUCCAGGAAGCCAGCAGCAAGAAAUACCCCCCAGCAAAAAGAUGCCCAAAGAUGAUGAGCUCUAUGCUUCGAUUGUGACCGAGGAACUGGACAACAACCCAGGACUCAGGCAUGUCGAGGAAAUUUCCUCUCCACCUGGGGACAUUCCAGUCUUGCCAGCUGGAAGCAAUGAGCAGCUCAGUGCUAGCACACCAAGGAAUGAAAAGAGGCCCCAAGGUGGCGACAGUGCUCAUGAUGACUCAAGAACUUUGGAGAGCCCAAGAACAGAAAAUGUUCUGGAUUUACGAAACCCCAGUGGGCUAUUGACACACUCCAUGGUUGACUACUUCAGACAGGAGUUAAGUUUGCAGGCCUUCCAGUUAGGUGUCUUACGAGAACCUGGCCUGGUGAUAGAAAAAGCUCCAAGAGCAGAAAGUGAAGAUUCUUUUACUGAAGUAGAGUCAGAAGCUCAGGCCUCUGAGGAUCAGCCCUUAAAUGGCAGCCCUGAAACAGGUACUUCGACAGGGUCAUUUAGCCCAGGUGGUGACUCAGCUCUGCAAAUGAAGCACCCCAGUCAAGGUCCAGAGGCUCAGCGUGGCUCCCUGAAGGCAGUUCUGGGGAUGGAGGAGAAGGCUGCUUCUCAGUGUUUAGAGAACCAGACUGGGAACCAACAGACUGACCAACAUUCUAAGCAUGAAUUUGCACCACCUGACAAUGAUGACAAGUUACCUGUCUGCUCACCUCCUGAACCAGAUAAAGGAGAAGUCCAGAAACCCCAAGAUGUUGUGUCAGAAGAGAGACUCACAGAAAGAAAGAGCCCCGAGCCUGAUCAUUCUCUUCCCACUUGGGUACCUGAAAAGGAUACUCUAGAUGUUACGGCCGGUUCAGCCAAGUCCAACAAGGAUGAUGGAGUGGAAAGUUCUCCUGCAUUAGGUGAUGUCAUCCAUUCUACAGCAGCUGUUGAUCUGCUAGGGCAGCCUGUAACUGUUUCUUCUCCCCGUCAUGAUGUUUCAGUCCUGGAUACUGCUGAGCUGACUGCUUCCAGGACCUCCAGGGCAAAAGCAACCUGUGAGAACAUUGUUCCCACAUCCUCUGAGGACUCACAUUUGGCUCCCACCCCAGCCAAUGAUGCAGAAUUACCAGCUUCUCAAAGCCAAGAUCUGAAGAAGGACUUGAAAAGGAGUUCCGACUCUGAAGAAGCAUUUGAGACUCCAGAAUCAACAACUCCCGUCAAAGCUCCUCCAGCCCCGCCCCCUCCUCCUCCAGAAGCCAUCACAGAGCAGGAGAUCAGACCACGGCCAGCGCCUGAAGACCCAGGGCUAUGUUCUGAGACCGUUUCCAUCACAGAUGUGCCACAUAGUGAAUCAGUGGAAGGAAGCCCUUUCCGUCCUCCAUCACACUCUUUCUCCACCGUCUUUGAUGAGGACAAACCAAUAGCCAGCAGCGGGACGUACAACUUGGACUUUGAUAACAUCGAGGUGGUAGAUACUUUACAGACCUUGGAACCCAGCUCCUCAGAUGCCAAGAAUCGGGACUCCAAAGUGAAUGUCCGGAGAAAAUCGACAGACUCUGUCCCAGUCUCCAGAUCUACCUUAUCCCGAUCUCUCAGUUUGCAAGCUAGUGACUUUGAUGGUGCUGGUGGUGCCUCUCUGGAGAAUAAUGAGGCAGGGACAGUAGCAGCUGAUGCGUACAGCACAGGUACGACCAGCGCUUCUAGUACCCUUAAGAGAACUAAAAAAACCAGGCCUCCUUCCUUAAAAAAGAAACAGACCACCAAAAAACCGACAGAAACACCACUGGUAAAAGAAACACAACAAGACCCAGUGGAAGAGAGUACUGUUAUCAGUGAGGAAAACCCAGCAUCUGAAACAAAAACAGAAUUGAGUAACAUAGACACUUCAGGACCAGAGCUGUCAGAGGAGAGCUCCCUGGAGACUACUGUUGGAUCCAAAGCAGCCUAUCCCCUGGACCCUGAUAGUGGCGAAGGGGAUAUUCCACCUAACACAGGCAAGAACAAAGUGCAGAACUCACCCCCUGUUGGGAAAAAGACAUUGCCUCUGGCCACAGCCCCAGAGGCAGUGGAGGUGACGCCAUCUGACACUGGAGGUCAGGAGAACUCCCCAGCCAAAGGGCUCUCUGUAAGGCUGGAGUUUGACUAUUCUGAAGAUAAGGGAAGUUGGGACGACCAACUGGAAAACCCCCCUCCUCCCAAAAAGAUAGGUAAAAAGCCAGUUGCCAAAAUGCCACUUAGGAGGCCAAAGACUAAAAAGACGGUGGAAAAACUUGAUAAUGCUCCUGCCUCGCCCACUAAGUCCUCUGUUGACCCUAAUGAAAUCCCUAUCUCCAAAGGCUCUUAUACCUUUGAUAUAGAUAAAUGGGAUGAUCCCAACUUUAACCCCUUUUCUUCCACUACGAAAAUACAAGAGUCUCCCAAACUGCCCCAACAGACGUACAACUUUGAUGCUGACAUCUGUGAUGACUCUAUUGACCCUUUUAAGACAUCUUCUAAGAUCUCUAGCUCACCUUCUAAGUCCCCAGCUUCUUUUGAGAUCCCAGCCAAUGCUGUUGAAACCAAUGGAGUGGAAGGAGACAACCUAAACAAGCCUGCAAAGAAAAAGAAGACACCGCUAAAGACGAUGGUAGAAGAUGUGAUGUCUGUAUGUUCUCUGUUUGAUACAUUUAGGGUGAAAAAGUCGCCAAAACGGUCUCCUCUGUCUGAUCCACCUUCACAGGAUCCCACUCCACUGCCUACGCCAGAAACACCCCCAGUGAUCUCUACUGUGGUCCAUGCAACAGAUGAGGAAAAGCUAGCAGUGACCAAUCAGAAAUGGACUUGUAUGACAGUGGAACUAGAUUCGGACAAGCAAGAUUACCCUCAGCCCUCUGACUUGUCAACUUUUGUAAAUGAGACCAAAUUCAAUUCUCCUACAGAGGAGCUGGAUUAUAGAAACUCUUAUGAAAUAGAAUAUAUGGAGAAAAUCGGCUCCAACUUACCUCAUGAUGAUGGCACCCCGAAGAAACAAUCUCUGUAUCUUAUGUUUGAUGCCCCUCAGGAGAGUCCAGUCAAAUCUCCUCCAGUUCGUUUAUCUGAUUCCCCAACUCCAUGUUCAGGGUCGAGUUUUGAAGAAACGGAAGCUCUGGUGAACGCUGGGAUGAAAAUCCAGCAUCCAGUCUCACGAGUCCUGGCUCCGAACCCAGAGACCCACUUACAGGCUUCAGAGAAGUCAAACCAAAAAGAGUCCAUGGGCUUAGGAACGACUUCAGAUGCUCUCGAAAGAACAGCUCCUGAAGAUUCCUAUGUCUCUGCUGAAGCUCUUCUUAAUAGGAUAUCUCAUCAAACCUCAAUAUGUGAUGCGCUUGAAUAUCUAGAGCCUGAUUUAGCAGAAAAGAACCCCCCAGUAUUUGCUCAGAAACUUCAGGAGGAGUUAGAGUUUGCGAUCAUGAGGAUAGAAGCACUGAAGCUAGCCAGACAGAUUGCCCUGGCUUCUUUCAGUUCCUUGGAUACCAAGAGAGAAGCUACACUCCCAGCAGAUGUUCCCAUCUCUAAAACUGCCUUGUACUCUCGCCUUGGGACCUCCGAGUCAGAAAAACCUCCAGCCCUUCUUUAUCAACAGUCGGAUUUAGAUGCUUCACUCCGAAUCGCUAGAGAAGAGAUUAUCACCAAGGAAAGAGAGGUCUCAGAAUGGAAAGACAAGUAUGAAGAAAGUAGACGGGAAGUGAUGGAAAUGAGGAAAAUAGUGGCAGAGUAUGAAAAGACCAUCGCUCAAAUGAUAGAGGAUGAACAGAGAGAAAAGUCGGUCUCCCACCAUACUGUCCAGCAGCUGAUUGUGGAGAAGGAGCAAGCCUUGGCUGACCUGAACUCAGUGGAAAAAUCUUUAGCUGAUCUUUUUAGGAGAUACGAAAAAAUGAAAGAGGUCCUGGAGGGUUUUCGCAAGAAUGAAGAGGUGCUGAAGAAAUGUGCUCAGGAGUAUCUGUCCCGUGUGAAAAAAGAGGAGCAGAGGUACCAGGCACUGAAAGUACACGCAGAGGAAAAACUGGACAGAGCCAACGCCGAGAUUGCACAAGUCCGAGGAAAGGCUCAGCAGGAGCAAGCAGCCUACCAGGCCAGUCUCCGAAAAGAGCAGCUGAAGGUAGACGCUCUGGAAAGAACACUGGAACAAAAGAAUAAAGAAAUAGAAGAACUUACCAAGAUUUGUGAUGAACUGAUUGCCAAAAUGGGGAAAAGCUAACUUUGAACCAAAUUUUUGGACUACACUAUUGAGUGCAAUAUGACCAUUGGCACACUGAUGUCCAUACCUUUAUGUGGACAGGUUAUAUUUUCACUUUUUCGUAUGCACUACUGUAUUUUCUUUCUAAAUAAAGUUGAUUUAAUUGUA